CGGCCAGUAAACAAAGCGAUAUAAGGGUAUCUACUCCGUCUCCCUCCACUCCGAGUCAUCUCCUGAAGCAUGACGGACGCACCAGCAGAAGGCGGAGGCCUGCGCCUGGAGGUGAUACCCAGGGUGUGUGUUCAUGACGUGCCCACCACCAUCCGUGUCUCAGGGCUGCCGCCAGGGGCGCCCGUCACCCUCAGGGCUGACACACACGACGACGAUGGCAGGAAGUUCAGGUCGAACGCUCACUACAGGAGCGACGCCAGAGGGUGUGUGGACGUGGCUCGCAGCGAGGCGCUGGGCGGGUCCUUCACCGGCGUGUUCCCGGCGGGGCUCUUCACCACCCUGCGGGGUCGAGGCUCCGACCUCCACACUAGACUCUUUAAGAGUGACUGUACUACUCCGUGGAAGGUGACGGUGACCGCAUACAAGGGUCACCUGGACCUGGAGGAGGAAGGUGACGGAGGUGUGCGCCAGGUACUUGAGCGGCAUCUCAUGGGCCCUGGAGUCCGCCGCCUGCCUGUCCGCCACGGCAGGGUCCGCGGGGCCCUCUACCUGCCCUCGGGGCCCGGCCCUUUUCCUGGGAUAGUCGACUUCUUUGGAGGGAUUGGUGGCCUUCGAGAGUACAGAGCAGCAAUGCUCGCGUCCAGAGGGUUUGCUACGCUGGCUUUGGCCUACUUUAACUAUGAUGACUUGCCGAAGACUAUAGAUAAUCUCGACCUGGAAUACUUUGAAGAAGCAACAGAGUUCCUUCUGUCUCAGACCGAAGUCAUCCCGGACCGUUGUGCCGUCCUCAGCUCCAGUAAAGGGGCAGACAUUGGCCUAGCUUCGGGAAUCUACCUGGAUAAGGUCACGGCAGUCAUUACCAUCGGCGGCGUACUGACGGGCGCAAAGACCAACCUGACAUACCAAGGCCAGCAGAUCUUGAAAGCCGGCGACGAUUGGAAUUUCGACAUUAAUCUAAACGACGAUGACAUGGCUAGUUUGGAGAAUACCUUUCGGGAACUAUACCGGCACGACAGUCCGCAGAUGCCUCCGUGUGAGGCUGCCCCCGAAGACACUUUCUUCUUGCUAGUGACUGGUGAUGAAGACACUUGCUGCACCAAGUAUGCGGCUGAGGCUCUCGUUAAGCGCAUGAAGCUGCACGGACGAGAGGACAACUGCCGCAUCAUAGUCUACCCUGGAGUUGGCCAUAUUAUCGAAACACCGUAUAAUGCCCACGGAAAAUACAGCAAUUUGAAAAUAGCCAGCAAGAGUAAUGGUGCUGCCGAAGGACGGAACACCAUAAUCAACUGGGGUGGGACUGCCAAAGGAACCUGCGUGGCGACUGAGGACUUUUGGCGCGAACUGCAGGUCUUUUUCGCCCACCACGUACGAGACCUGAGCCCCUGGUACCAGAAGCUCCUGGAGCAGAAGUAAAGGAGAGACUACAUGGUUUAAAUCCAGGGCAUUGUGGAAAGGUUUCAAGCCACAUUGUGUUUAGUAUAAGUGGUGAAUGUAUUCUGUGUAGGAGGCGAUUGUGUUCAGUGUAGGUGGUGGGUUUGUUUAGUGUAGGUAAAUGUGUAUUUAAUGUAUAUGGGGUUGGGUAUGAGUAGUAGAAUCAGCAAUGUAGACCAUCUGUUUAUGAGUUUUCGCUGGAUGCAACUGGUUAUAGAUAUUGUAGACUUUCCACAAAAAUUAAUGAGCUGGGGAUAGACCUUCCAUUUUUCGGAUUUUAGGUGGAUGGAACCGGAUAUAUAGAUGGAGAGGUUCCCGCAAAAAAAUGAACAGACUGGGCACAGACCGUCCAUGUUGGUGAAGACUUUAGAUAAUUCUUGAAGCGUUUAAGAUUUUAACAUAGCAUUAGUUGUCUAAAUCUCAGCUCUGUUCCAGGAUAGGUUAGGAUCGGGAUGGUCGAUCUCUUGAUGGAUUCAAUGUAAGGGAAAUAAAAUUACUAAAUUUCCUAAGAGUAUAGUUUGACGUUAAACCUUGACCUAGUUAUUAUAGAAGAUUCGGGUCGGCUAAGCUUGGUAUGAUAUUUACUAAUAAAGACUCGUAAAGCUACAAGACCCUGAUGUGAGAAAACACACAUCUAAAUAAACCUUAAUAUUAUAAAGGGUGUUGAAUUUAUUACGAAUGUUAGAAUAUCUUUGCAAGCAAAAAAUACCUAUAAAAUAAAAGCUAAAGCACUAGCUA